UAGCGGGACGGGGAGGAGGCGAGAGCUGGGGCCGCUCCGCCAGUUGCGCAGCGUACGCCGGCGGCGCAGCUGCCCGAGAUGGCGGCGGAGCCGGGCACCAGCGAGGUGAGGCGGCAGCACCGCUUCGACGCCUGCCGGCUGGAGCGGCUCCUGUGCCGCCGCCUGGCCGGCUUCCCGCAGCAGCCCGAGGGGGCUCUGGAAGUCAGGCAGUACAGCUCAGGCCAGUCAAAUCCAACCUUUUAUCUUCGGAAGGGCGAGAAGGCUUACGUGCUCAGGAAGAAGCCCCAUGGCCCCCUUUUACCUAGAGCUCACAAGGUUGAUAGAGAAUAUCAUGUGCAGAAAGCCUUAUUUGCAGCUGGAUUUCCAGUCCCUGAGCCCCUGUUGUAUUGCAGUGAUGUCUCUGUCAUUGGAACAGAAUUUUAUGUAAUGCAGCAUGUGCAGGGUCGCAUCUUCCGAGACCUCUCGCUGCCAGAAGUGGGCCCAGCAGAGCGUUCUGCGUUGUACAUUGCAAUGAUAGAAACGUUGGCUCAGUUGCACUCCUUUGAUUUGCAGUCGUUGGGUCUCCAAGAAUAUGGCAGAGGUCCAGGAUACUGCAGAAGGCAGGUAUCAACUUGGAAAAGACAAUAUGAUGCAGCUGCUCAUACAGAUAUUCCUGCCAUGAACCAGCUGGCUGAGUGGUUAGCAAACAACUUGCCAGCUGAUGAUAAUGAAGAAACCCUGAUUCAUGGGGACUUCAGAAUAGAUAACAUCAUUUUCCACCCAACAGAGGCUCGUGUUUUGGCAGUGCUGGACUGGGAACUUUCAACCACUGGUCAUCCUCUAGCAGAUUUAGCCUAUGCUACUAUGUUCUACUUUUGGCCUACAUCUCUUAAAGGCUUAGGUCAAGGAACUGUCUUCAAUUUCAAAGACACUAUAGUGAACCCCUCAUUUGAAGAACUGAUUUCUAUUUACUGUCGCUGCCGGGGUAUUAGCACUACUUUCUCCAACUUCAAUUUCUUUCUUGCUUUGUCAUUUUUUAAAAUGGCAGGGAUAUCGCAGGGUGUGUAUGCUAGAUACCUCAUUGGAAAUGCUUCUGCAGAGAAUAGUCAUGAAUUUGCUAAGAUGGUGCAGCCUUUGGCAGAAAAAGGGUUAGAACUCUCAAAAAGAUUGUCUUUCAGCAGCAGCACACGUGACAGAAUUUCUGGAGAGUUGUUCCAUCAAAGUAAGAAAGGUGAAGAAAUUCUGCUGAAAGUAAAGCAGUUCAUGAAGCAGCAUGUAUAUCCAGCUGAGAAGGAAAUAAUAGAAUACUAUGCUAGACAUGGAAAUACUGAGGAAAAAUGGAAGAAACCACCGGUGCUUGAGAGACUGAAGGAAAUGGCCAAAGCAGAAGGUCUGUGGAACCUUUUUCUCCCAGAUGUCAGUGGUCUCGGCCAGCUUGACUAUGCGCUAAUAGCUGAGGAGACAGGGAAAUGCUUCUUUGCUCCUGAGGUUUUCAACUGUCACGCACCUGACACUGGAAACAUGGAGGUCCUGCACAUGUACGGGACUGAAGAGCAAAAGAGAGAAUGGCUGGAGCCUCUUCUAGAAGGGAAAAUUAGUUCUUGCUUCUGCAUGACAGAACCUGAUGUGGCUUCAAGUGAUGCCACCAAUAUGCGAUGCAGCAUUGAGCGAGAUGGAAACAGUUAUGUGAUUAAUGGCAAGAAGUGGUGGAGCAGUGGUGCUGGGAACCCAAAUUGUAAAGUUGCAAUUGUAAUGGGCAAAACCAAAAACUCCUCAGCAUCCAGGUACAAGCAGCACAGCAUGAUCCUUGUUCCCAUGGACACGCCAGGAGUGAAGCUGAUAAGACCCCUCUCUGUGUUUGGCUACCUGGAUGAGAUCCACGGAGGCCACUUUGAGAUACAUUUUAAUGACGUGCGAGUACCUGCCUCCAAUAUAAUACUGGGUGAGGGAAGGGGGUUUGAGAUAGCACAAGGUCGGCUCGGGCCAGGCCGAAUUCAUCACUGCAUGAGGUCCAUCGGUGCGGCUGAAACCGCUUUAGAGAUCAUGUGCCAGCGUGCGGCAGAGAGAGAGACUUUUGGGAAGAAACUGUACCACCACGAAGUUGUUGCCCACUGGAUUGCUGAGUGCCGCCUUAGCAUAGAACAGGCAAGACUGCUAACGCUAAAAACAGCCAGCAAGAUUGACAUGUUGGGCAACAGAAGAGCUAGGAAAGAGGUAGCCAUGACCAAAGUGGUUGUACCUCGAGCUGUGCUUAAAGUGAUUGACUGUGCAAUCCAAGUGUGCGGGGGAGGUGGAGUUUCUCAGGAUUUUCCUUUGGCUUCACUGUUUGCUUACAUUCGCACCUUACGCCUGGCAGACGGGCCUGAUGAAGUUCAUCUCUCAACAAUUGCGAGGUGGGAGCUGCUCGAUCAGUCGAAGAAGCUAACUGCAAAAAUUUGAUGUCAGCAUAAAGCCCUCUCAUGUGGAUGGAGGCCUCAGGAAAGAUCACAUUACUCAGUGCAAUAACGUCUAAGCUAAAAUUGGAUCAAUAUAAAACCCUGAUUCUGGUUUGAAUCAGUAUGCAUUCUCAACCUUAACUUGUAAUUAUUACAUUUAUUAAUCAGGGGCUUGCUGUAAGAGUUUGUAGAAUGCCCUGUCUGAAGUAAGGGUACAUGUAAACAGAAUUCAUCUGGGUUCUUUAUAACACUGAUUAAAAUCUAUUUUCUAACAGGCUUAAAGUGCUUUAUUUGCUUUGAGCCAAAGCCCUCUAACUUUUUAUUGUAGAGUCAAAGCAGUUCUCAUUUGGCAAUUUCAUACGAUUUAUGGCAAGUUGACAAACUUAAUUACUGAUUAAAUGACAAACCAUUGAACAAAUAAAUGCUGUUCUUCCCCUUUCCAAA